GUGAGAUUUUAAAACAUUGUCCUUCUCAGUAAUGGCGGCUUCGUUCCCUUCGCCUUCGGUUAAUAGAAAUAAAUGGUAUUUUACACGCGAACAAAUCGAAAACAGUCCGUCUCGCCGAGCGGGACUCGAUCCCGACAAAGAGCUCUCGUACCGACAGCAAGCUGCGAACCUGCUACAAGACAUGGGACAGCGACUCAACGUGUCGCAACUUACAAUUAACACCGCCAUUGUCUAUAUGCAUCGAUUUUACAUGAUCCAGUCCUUCACCCGCUUCCACCGAAAUGUGAUUGCCCCCGCAGCCCUGUUUUUAGCAGCAAAGGUGGAGGAACAGCCCCGCAAGUUGGAGCAUGUGAUCAAGGUGGCCCAUGCAUGUCUUCAUCCUCAGGACCCACCGCCAGACACAAGGAGUGAUACAUACCUGCAACAAGCCCAGGACCUGGUCAUUCUUGAGAGCAUUAUACUCCAGACCCUGGCAUUUGAGAUCACCAUUGAUCAUCCUCACACACAUGUAGUCAAAUGCACCCAGCUGGUGAGAGUUGUUCCAGCGAGUAAGGACUUGGCUCAAACAUCAUAUUUCAUGGCAACAAACAGUCUCCACUUGACUACGUUCUGUUUGCAGUACAGCCCACCCAUCAUUGCCUGCGUUUGUAUUCAUCUGGCCUGCAAAUGGUCCAACUGGGAGAUUCCAGUUUCAACAGACAGCAAGCACUGGUGGGAAUAUGUCGACCCUACAGUGACCCUUGAGCUGUUGGAUUACCUCACUCAUGAGUUCCUUCAGAUCCUGGAGAAGACACCCAACCGCUUAAAACGCAUUAGAAACUGGAAAGCGGCAGGUCAAACUGCCAAGAAGUCGAAGGUGCAAGAUGGUGACCAAUCGGAUGCCAUUAUGAGCAUGAUCUCCAUGGCAUCAUCUGACAGCACGCUUGCAGGUCUGAUGGGCCUUUCCGCCUCUCACUCAGAUUCCUCUAUGACUUCCCCACCAGAGGACUGCAAUGCCGCAGCGUCAUCCCAGCGCUGGCAAGCUCCUGCUAAGGAGCCGCCACCGUCCAAUGAUCUCCACGCGCCUGCUAAAGUCUCUCUGAGCGAGUACCGGGCUAAGCAUGCAGAUGAGCUGGCAGCACAGAAACAGAAGCUGCAGAACAUGGAGGCCAAUGUGAAACAGGGAUACGCCACUGCCGCCCAGGCUCUUAUGAAUCAGCAAAGAAAAGACAAGCACCACCAUCACCAGCAACAGGCCUCCUCUGCUUCCACAGACUCGGGCAACCCCUCACCCAUUGUCCUGAAGAUGCGCUUUCCUGCGCCUGGCCAGUCGGCAAGCGGAGGGCACGGCAGCGGUCGCGGGUCUGAACAGGACAUUAAGGUUCGGAUACGCGUUCCAGAAAGGCGAGAAGAUGGGAAAAGUCGAGAGAAACACAAAGAGCGUUCCAAUCACCAUCAUCAUCCUCAUCACCACCACUCAUCCUCUGGCAGUUCUACAUCUUCAUCCUCCUCGUCCUCAGCACAUAAACAUUCAGGUUCUACCAGCGCAAGUAGCAAAAAGGUCUCGGGUGACUCUGUACGAACGAGCUCCUCAUCAUCCUCAUCCAGAAAAAGGACUCACGUGCCUGAGCCUUCAGCUGGCACCCAUCCCACAAAAGUAAGCAAGUCCUCCAGAAACUCAUUUCAGGUUCCGCCACUUCCUGGCGUGUCCUCUCACUCUGUGGGUCUUGGGUCCGAUAUCCUCCCAUCUCUGAGCCUCUCGCACCAUCAGGGAAACUACUCGCACUCCAAGGCGGACAAGGCCGACACCAAUGGCCACAACACGGGCGGCGGUUCCAACGAGUACCAGGACACAUUUGACAUGUUGAACUCGCUGCUGAGUGCGCAAGGAGUGCAACCGGCACAACCUCAAAUAUUUGACUAUCGCUCUCAGUACGGAGAGUACCGAUACAGCAGUAGCUCUCGUGGAGGAACCCAGCCCCCACCCCUCCCAUCAGACCCCCCUCCGUCAAUGCCGCCUUUGCCAAAAUAAACCCUGCAUCGUUUCCGUCCACGUGGCUGAUCAAAUCAGCCUUUCCCUAAUAACCCGGGUUUCUCGUGUGCAUCUCGUUUUUUGUGAUGCUCGGUUUGACAGCAAGGUAAUGUACACCUCCUUUUCAGUCGGAAAAAGGAGAAUAUUUGUCUCACUUUGCCCCUCCUUUUUGUUCACAACACCCAUCUGUGGCAAUAAUGUUAAAAUAGAACAAAAUAUUGCAAAAAAAUAAGCAAAAUGUUAUUUAUUUAAAAAAAAUGUACAUACUAUUUUUGAUGUCGCUCAGUUUUAUAACAGCGCUAUAUAUGACAGAAAUGCAUAAUGGAUUAAGGGUAUGUAUAACUGAUUAAGAGAGGGACCUUGUGUUUUAGUCCUCUUUAAAAUGAGUUGAAUGCAAAAAGGAAAUUAAUUGUUUUUAUGUAUGGAUUCAAGUCUUGCUAACAACAUGUGUGUCUUUUUUAUCGACUAUGGUAUUUAUUAUUAGCCUUUUCAAGCAGUAGUUAUUAGCAGUCAUUGUUGAAUGCGUCAGACAUUUAUUUUUAUACUGUACUAUAACCUGCUUCCCAGUCUGUAUUUACUUGACAAGUCAUGUAUGUUUUGAGAACAAGCAUACAAAUCCCCAUAUUUGCAUCAAAAUGUAUGUUCCUAAUAUAUGAAUAGUUACUGAAGUAAUGUUAUAAUUCUGUUCGGUAAAUAUUUGUGGUCUUUUUUGUAACUUUAUUGUAUUAAGUCUGUAAAUGACUGAAAAUCCACACAACCUAUUUUUACAUUUUCUCCAAAAUACAAGAAUAUGCCUAACUUGGUAUGUUUGUUAGAUUUAGGAUCUUUAAAUCAGAGUCUGAUGCAGUCAUUGUUUUAAAUGGUUGUAGAUUGUCACUCAUUCAUUUACACUAAAUCGGUAUGUCCUGCUUAUAGCCAUUGCAUUUUUGUUGGUUUUUUAACACACAUCACAUCAGUUUUAAGAUAUUUGUAAUGGACACAACCAGGUGAUUCUCACGAAAUCCAGAUUUAGAAGGUGUCCAGCAUCAGAAUUUUUUAAAAAGCCCUUGAAGCCAAUUUUUUUUUUUGCACAUAUAGUAAAUUCAGACCUUAAUCUUAUAACUAUUAUUUUUAGAUUAUCAAAAAUGAUCAUUACCGCAACAUGAUAUUACAUUAAAUAUAUGCAUUUACAAACUCAUGUUUUGGUAAUGAGAAUUAAAAAGUUGUCUAGGUACUAUGACAAACUAAAUUUAAACUUUUAUCUGGAGGGAAAAAAUAAGAACUGCUUACCUGGUAGCCAUCUUGAGUGUCACAGUCAAUUAUGUCCCUUACAACUAAUUGUUUUUUUAAAUGUAAGUUCCUUGAGGGCUUAAACAAUGAUUGAAAAUUGUUGCGGAGGAUGAGAAAAUUGGUCUUGGACACAUUUAUAUACCUUAUUAUUGUCUCUACAUUUACCAGUGAUCACCAAAUAUAACAUGUUUCUUUACUGUAAAUGUUUAUAGUAUAGCAUGCACUGAAGCUUUUUAUUUUUUAGAUUUUUUUAAUUAUAAAAAUUAAAACCCAAAUCCAGUCAUGAACAUGUUGCGGUAAUGAAAAUGUUCUUCUUAAAUGUGGAAAAAACAACAAAAUUUGUUUGUAUAAUGUCAUUUGAAAUCAUGUGCAAAAUAGUACAUGAUGAGAUGUUUGUAACUGUAUGCUUCUUAUUUUGAUAGCAUUUACUUUUAUUAUCAAAAUGUUUCAUGACCCCUCAUAAGUCUAAUUUCGUGAGAAUCGCCCAGCCAAGUUGAUGUGUAUCCUUUAGUCGGCAUGUAUUUAUUUUGACAAAAACAAAUGUGAUGAUGAUGAUGAUGAUGAUGAAAUACUGAAAUUAUACCCUUUGACCAAUUUUUAACAAUGUGAAUAGCCUCAUAAAAACAGGAGCAGAACAAAUCUAUACUUGAAAAUGUUCCAGCCACAUUUGUGACCCUGCCUAAAGUAAUUUUUUGUGAUUUACUGUUUUUUACAUAAAUCAUCUUGCAUAAUGUAAAGAACAUUCUGUGAAAAUAUAACCUUGAUGUUUUUAAUAAUGACGAAGUAGGGUAAUGUCAAAGAUUGAAAUCAAACGUUAAUGGUCCUAAUCUCAUAGUUGGAUUGUAACACUUUAGCAGUGUUCACAGACAGGGUCACAGUUGUGCAAAUAUUUUACAAACUGAUUAAACAGAAAUCUUGGAUGCACUGAUAUAUCGGCCCAUAAUCGGUAUCGGCAUAUAAAAGCAUUUCCCCCACUAUUGGAAAUCGGCCGAUUGUUUAAAACGGCCACUAUCCAAAAAGGGGCGGAGAAAUGCAUCUUUCUUCACUUCUAGGAUUUUACGGCAUAAUACUUUAAUAUUAAGUAUCUUUCAAUAUCAGAUGAUGUCAUUCUUAUAAAUCGGAUUAUCAGUGCAUCCCUACUCUUAAGGUCAUUUGGGACAGAGAUUGAUAAGCCAUCUUAUUGCAAUUCAUAAAAAAAUCAUCUGAAUAAGAAUUUGUUUUUGAAGCAAUCAUUCUGCAGGUAUCUUUAAUAAGAUUAACUGUGUUGAUAUGUUACUUGAUCAUGUCUAGUUGUAAUUGUAUGCAGUUAAUGGCACAACAAUGCAGAUUAUGAAAUCCUGUGGUACAAUGUUAUUGUUUCCAUCCCUUGAUUUUCAUGGCAUGUCUUUCAUUGCUGAAUUUAAAGACAAAACACAAAGCAUGGAAAUUCUACUGUGAGAGUCACUUUUUAAUAAAUGUUGCAUUCUUUUAUUGAGAUUUUAGCAGGGAUUCCUCAGUAACAAUGUCGUUUUCCUAACAUCUGUGAAAUUUUAUGAAACACUAUAAGCUAUUAAAGAUCUUGUUUUUCACAAUAUCGGCAUAUAUAUUCAUAUAAUGCACUCCUCAUCGAUCUUUCUCAUGCUUGAUCGUUCAUGAGAAAGAUUUAAUAGCAUGUUAACCAAUUUAGUUUAGAUGAGAUUAAAGAGAAGGCAUUUGUGUGGGUCUAAUGCAAUUCAUGUCACCACUGGAUUUCCUAUGUACUUCUGCCAGAAAAAGAAAAGAUAUAGCGUUUUAUCCAAUGUACAUACUGUUUUCCGUGUUAUAGUGGUAUCACAUGAACUCUCAGGUCUUGAUUGUCGAGGUGUUUCUUGUCAGAAGUUAAAGUUUGCAUUUUUGUGAACUGCUUUUUAUAAAUGUGGUUGAUAUACUCUGUAAAUUAAUGCUUUAUGAGAAACGUACAUGUGGACGUCUUUCUAAAAAAAAAUUUGACAGUGUAUAAUGUGACAGACAUUCUACUCAUGCCCAUUGCAUUAUGUUCACAAGACUGAUUUUUAUACAAAUCGAACAGUUUUGCUUCCACCUGAUGUCAAUAAGUUUAUAGUUUGCCUUUGGAUUCAGUGCUGGAAUAAAGACAUAUGAGAACAUACAAUAGAAGGAAUGCUAAAACCUGAUUUCUUUUUUGCAAGAUCCUAAAA